AUGGAAAGUAAUGGUGGAGGAGGAGAAGUAAGAAGAGUGAAAUUAAUUUAUUUCCUUAGCCGUUCGGGUCACGUUGACCAGCCUCAUCUCUUGAGUGUUCAUCAUCUCUCCCGUAAUGGUGUCUUUCUUCGAGAUGUGAAGCGAUGGUUAGGGGAUAUACGAGGCGAUGCGAUGCCAGACGCAUAUUGUUGGUCGUGUAAGAGGAGAUAUAAGAAUGGAUAUGUAUGGCAAGAUUUAUUGGAUGAUGAUCUUAUUACACCCCUCUCCGAUAACGAAUAUGUCCUCAAAGGAUCUGAGAUUCUUCUAAGCUCCCCAAAGGAGGAUACUCCUCAUGCGGAAGAGAAAGCUUGGGAGACAAGAAACGGUGGUGACGGCGGAAUAUACGCUAAAGAAAAACUACAGAAGUCGAAAUUAACGUCGGAGAUGAUCCGCAAAGAAUCUCCGGUCUUCUGCUCUCAGAGAUCGACGGCGACAACUUCGACAGUCACCGAGGAAUCCACCACCAACGAAGAAGAAACGAUCGGUCUCAAGAAACCAGAUGGGAAAAAAGUAUCCGGCGAAAGAAACGGGUCGACGGGAAACGGGUCGGGUAACGAUACAGAGCCGGGUCGACAGAGUGUGUCGUCGACGACGUCGUCUUCGGGUUUUAUAAAUAGUAAGAACUACUCGAGCGCGCGUGCCUCGCACGUUUUAAGGAACUUGAUGAAGUGUGGUGGCUUGGACACAAACGAUGCCGUUUUGGUGCCUUUGAAUAAGUCUGCGUCUGGGGCUUUUGGUGCAGCUUGGGAAGACGAACGCAGAUACCAAUACCACCAACAGCACAAUGCUCGAAAAAGCUUUGAAGGGGCGUGGAGUGGCAUAAAGAUGAAGGAGACAAUUGAAUUCUGUAAACCAAAGGUGGCUUCAAGCAAGCCUACUAUGGCUCCAUUAUGCUCGCAAUGUGGGAAGUCAUUCAAGCCCGAGAAGAUGCAUUCACACAUGAAGUUGUGUCGAGGGACAAAGAAUUCAUCGGCGAAGAAUGAUUCGAUGAAGUGGAAUAAUACCGUUAAACCAAGGCAGCAACGGUGCAGAAACAUUCCAUUGGGACAUCAUUGUGUAGUGAGGACUACUCUUAAAGAGUGA